CAUGCAUGCAUGCAUGGUCCAGGUUGAUUUUAGGCAGGCAGGCAGAGGCAGGCGGAGAGGCCAUCCGUGGGCAACGGGAAUAUAUGCUCCCCUAAAGCUUGCGAUCGACGGAGUCCGCCCGAUCUCCCUCUGCGCUUUUUCACAGCCUGGAACGCAACUAUUCGCAGGCAGCAGCAGCGGCACGGCUGCCAUCCGUCGGAGAUCGAUCGAUUCAGUCAAGUUGCGGGGAACUGGAAAGCGCGAGCUGGCUAUCCCCUACGGCGAUCUUUCUUUGUUCUCUUUGCUAAGCUCCGGUGGGUCGCCUUUAUUCCCGCCAUUAAACUAUGGCUUUGCCUUUGCCUUUGCUCCACUAGCCAGCAAAUUCGGCCCAAUCCUUCCUUCCUUGCUGCCCGUACAGUACACCACCACCUUCCGUAGAAAGAUCCGCCCAGGCUCCCUCCCGUCCCGGCCGGGUAUAUAUAUUUGCCGCCUCCCCCAACACACUUUCCUUACGACAUCGUGUCACCGUCCACAGCAGCUGCACUCGAGCAAGCAGAGACGCCAAGGGAGCCUGAGUGAGUGCCUUGUGCUGGUUAGCUUCGAUCCACCUUCAGCUUCUAGCGCAUGGCGGACAUGGGGGUGCGUGACAACUUGCCCUGCUCCACUUCCUGGAGAGAGCUCACACACACCAGCUGGAGGGACGACGAUUACAGGAGGAUGGUGAUGGCGAGCCUGAUCGAGGCGGUGUACCUGCUGGAGCUGGAGAGGCAGGAGCGGCGGGACGCGGCUGAGGUGGCGCAGCAGUGGUGGAAGCCCUUCAGCUACCGCCUAGCGCACGAGCUGGUGGACGAGCGCGACGGCUCCGUCUUCGGCGCCAUCUUCGAGUGGGAGGACCGCCACCUGCUCGACCGCUGCGGGGACGAGGAGAGGCCCACCGGCGCGCCCAGCGCGGUGAUCGCGUUCCGGGGCACGCUGCUGCGCGCGCCCACCAUCCGGCGGGACGUGGAGGACGAGCUCCGCCUGCUGGCGUGCAACAGCCUCCGCGGCUCCGCCAGGCUCCACGGCGCGCUGCAGGCGCUGAGGGCCACCAUCGACAGGUUCGGGUCCGAGAACGUCUGCCUCUGCGGCCACUCCCUGGGCGCCGGGUUCGCGCGGCAGGUCGGCAGGAUGCUCAUGGCGUCGCGGCAGCAGCAGCAGCCGCAGCCGCAGCAGCAGAACCCCGCCGCGGCGCUCGAAUUCCACCUCUUCAACGCGCCCUACCUCUCGCUGCCCAUGGGCGUGCGGAGGGUGGUGAGGACGGCCGACUGCCUGCUCAAGACGGUCCGCACCGGGGUCGCCGCCGUCGGCAGGUGGCACGGCAAGGCGCUCAAGAACGUCGCCUACGCCAACUGCGUGCUCGGCUACACGCGCCUCGACAGCGACGGCAGGAGGUUGUUCGAGUGAGACCAUGCCGCAACCGCAACUGCAACUCAUCUGCACACAUGACUGACGCCAUGACUCGCCUCAACUGCAACUGAUCCAGCGCUCAAAACGUGCGACUGUACUGAAAAUCUCAAACACGCAGCACGCAGCUCGAUCAUGCACGGAGGCCAUGAUCCCGAACGAUCUAUCUACCUACCAGCUUGUACUAGUAGGAUUCAAUUUGAAGGAGACAAUAAGCAUCUUGCCGCCUGGCCCGAUCGAGGAUGCACGGCUUAGGUAGCUAGCUUAGCCUGCAUGCUUGCUCUCUAGUCUGUACAUGUUAAUCGUUUUUUUUCCACUGUCAAUUGUGAAUUAUAUUAUCAGCUACUCGUACUACGUACGUAUGUAUUUUCCAUAA